CAUGAUCGGUGUACCGCAGUCGCGCGCGGUAUUUCGUUCAACAUGGACGUUCGUAUCAUCAUCAUCUCCUUGUGCUUCCUCUUCGUUAAAUCCGAUUUUGUUAUUAAAAAGAACUGCAAAGAUGUGGAUACCUCGCAGUGCAGCAUCCACAACGUGGCAGUGGACCCCUGCCCCCGCGGCCCCCGCCUCUGCGUCGUCAAGCCUGACAAAGCCUACUCCGUCAAUGUUGACUUUACACCACAUUUCCCCGCAAACAAUAUAAAACUGGCAUUAUACAGUGAUGAUAAGAAAACUAAUACUUAUGACACUAUCAUCAAAACACCUGAGGAGAUAUGCGGACUUGUCAACUGUCCCCUAGAGGCAGAAGAGAGGAAGAACUUCGACGUACACUUCACUCUGGGCAAGAUGCUACCGGGCAAAUUCCCCAUCAAGAUGGUUCUCUGGAAUGAAGAGAACAAGUCCCAGCAAUGCUGUUUCACGUUUAAUGUUAAAAUAAGGAAAUAAAUUACUUUAUUGAUGACACGAAAUGAAAAAUUACAAAAAUUGUAAAUUUUAAUUUAAAAGAACUAUGUAAUUUAAAUAAGCCAGUGUGAAGCAGAUAAUUUUAAUAAUUAUUGUCGUUAAUUGUAUGUUAGCACUGCUUUAUAACUGUUUAAAAACAAGAAAAACAAUAAAUUUUAGUACUUCUAUUUCCACAGCGAAAGCUCACACUUUUUGUUAUUACAAUCCAGGGUUUUAUCAUCUAUUAUUUUUGAUCUGUAUAUUUGUAACAAUUAUAAAACAAGAGAUGUUAUUUAUCACAGAAAAUACCAAAAUGAAUAGUUAAGUUUAAUAUAAAUGUAUGUAGUGAUAAAUAAAAUUUAUUUCUCCCUA